AUGACCGUUCGGUUUUCGGCAAAGGCGCUCUCGGAUAAUCCAUGGAUUGUCGCACUCUUUGGGGGAGCUUUGGUGCUCUAUAUCGGACGACGCCUCAGGAGACCCAAGCUGGCCACUGACACUCCGCUACCACCUGGACCAAAGGGCCUUCCUUUGGUCGGAAAUGCUUUCCAGAUUCCUUUACAGGAACCCCGGCGGGUGUACAAAGAAUGGGCCGAGCAAUACGGGGACGUUAUCUACUUGAGAGCCAUUUCCCAACCCAUUGUGGUCCUCGACUCCAUGUCGGCCAUCCAAGAGCUUUUGAUUAAACGAGCUGCAAAUUAUUCUGACCGCGUAGAGUCUCCCGUGACUGCACUUCAUCAUCCAGGAUGGGGGGUGAAUGACUGGAGCUUCGCAAUCAUGCCCUAUGGUACCAAUUGGCGUCAACACAGGCGAACGUUCCACCAAUUCAUGAACCCGAAUGAAGUCCCUCGGUACCGCCCCAUCGUCGAAAUGGAGGUCUACAAUUUUCUCCGACGGGUAUAUGAACGCCCAAAGAACUUCCUUGAAGAUGCGAGAUUCUUAUGUGGGGUUGUGAUUAUGAGGGUCUCCUACGGGAUGCAGGAUUUCGAAUACAACAGGCGAGUAGUCAAGCUGGCGGACGAAUUCGUGCGGGGAUUCUCAGAGUACGUCGCUCCGGGUCGUUUGCUGGUUGGUGCGUUGCCUUGGAUGCGACAUAUUCCUUCCUGGCUUCCGGGCGCUGGUUGGAAGAGAAGCUUGGAACGUAUUCGGAUUGCAGGUGACGAUGUCGUAGGGAAGCCUUAUGCGGAUGUAAAGUCGGAAGUCCGCUCCGGCCAGACUGUAGAACAUUCAAGCCUCGCAAGGUCUCUGGUGGAAGCACUUCCAGAUGAAACAAGCCCGGAGAUUCAGCGGAACGCGCAGAGGGAGAUUGACUCUGUCAUCGGUCGGGACCGUCUUCCCACUUCCACUGAUAUCGAGCGACUGCCCUAUAUCCAAGCAAUCGUCAAGGAAGAUGGUCGAUGGCACAGCGUUCUUCCCCUGUGCUUGCCUCAUGCUUCCAAGGCGGACGAUGUAUACGAAGGACAUUUGAUCCCCGGGGGAUCAGUGAUUCUUUCCAAUACAUGGUCAGCCCCUCUCUAUCACCUUGCUCCUUACCCAUGCCCUAACUUCCGGCGGUAUAGGGCCAUCAUGCACGAUCCCGAAGUUUUCGAAGAGCCCAUGGAGUUCAGGCCAGAGCGCUACCUGAUAUGUCCAGGGCGUUAUCUCAGCUCCGAGAUCGUAACCCUAGUCGUACCGUCGUUGCUGGCGGUGUUCGACGUCAAGCCUGCAAAGGACGCUGGUGGAAACGUGGCACCCCUCAAAUUGGAGGCUGACCCGGAAUCCGUUCUUGUCAUGUCCACGUUCGCUCGUGUGGCAUUCCUAGUACACCCAUUCCCUACGAAUGCGACAUUGUUCUUCGCUCCCAACACCAUGCGACCCUGA